ACGAUCCCCCGGCGGAGGCGUGGGGAGCGUGAGGCGGGUCGCCUCAGAGCGCCCAUGGCGGCGGCCCUUGGCUGCGGCGCGGGCGGUGCUGCUAUGGCGCUCUCCGCGGGGCCGCUCAAGGUCUGCAUCGUGGGCUCGGGGAACUGGGGUUCUGCUGUUGCCAAAAUAAUAGGCAAUAAUGUAAAAAAAUUGCAAAAGUUUGCUUCCACAGUGAAGAUGUGGGUCUUUGAGGAGAAUAUUAAUGGGAGAAAACUGACAGAUAUCAUCAAUAAUGAACAUGAAAAUGUAAAAUAUCUCCCUGGAUACAAGCUGCCAGAUAAUGUGGUUGCUAUCCCAAACCUUAACGAAGCUGUACAGGAUGCAGACUUGCUGGUUUUUGUCAUUCCUCAUCAGUUCAUUCAUAAAGUCUGCGAUGAAAUCACAGGACGAGUACCCAAGAAAGCACUCGGUAUAACUCUCAUAAAGGGAAUAGAUGAAGGCCCGGAGGGACUCAAACUGAUCUCUGAUAUUAUUCGAGAGAAGAUGGGAAUAGACAUCAGUGUGCUGAUGGGAGCUAACAUUGCCAAUGAGGUGGCAGCAGAGAAAUUCUGUGAAACCACAAUAGGCAGCAAAAUCCUGGAAAAUGGCCUUCUCUUCAAAGAACUUCUGCAGACUCCAAACUUCCGAAUCACUGUAGUAGAUGAUGCAGAUACAGUUGAGCUUUGUGGUGCUCUGAAGAAUAUAGUGGCAGUAGGAGCCGGGUUCUGUGAUGGUCUUUGCUGUGGUGACAAUACCAAAGCUGCCGUUAUUCGCCUUGGCCUAAUGGAGAUGAUUGCCUUUGCCAAAAUUUUUUGCAAAGGACGGGUGUCUACUGCCACUUUCCUGGAGAGCUGUGGAGUUGCAGAUCUCAUCACAACGUGUUAUGGUGGCCGGAAUCGACGCGUAGCAGAAGCGUUCGUUAAAACUGGAAAGUCUAUUGAAGAACUGGAGCAAGAAAUGCUGAAUGGUCAGAAACUGCAAGGGCCACAGACUUCUGCAGAAGUGUAUCGCAUCCUCAAGCAGAAAGGAAUGCUGGAAAAGUUUCCACUGUUCACUGCUGUGUAUCAAAUCUGCUAUGAAGGGAAGCCUGUCAGAGAGAUGAUAACCUGUCUGCAGAGUCAUCCAGAGCACAUAUAAAAUCAAUCAGGACGUCAUACAAGUGCAACUUUCUGCCUUUCAAGUUUAGAUCUGGCUUCACGUGAAUGGAUGUAUCAUUAAGCUUCUUCAAAAUUGCUCACUAGGCGACAGUAACAACAUGAACGUCUCUGGAUGGGUAUUGUUUUUUGCUAUACAGCCUAGUUCGGCAUAGCAUGCGGUAUUGACUUGGUGAUUGUUGUUUUAUUGGCUAAAAUACAACUGUUUUAAGAUGUGCAAUGCAAAAGUUGCACUACAUGUCCAGUGUAUAUACACAAGCGUGCUUUGUGUGUGUUCCUACACCAUAAACCACAUUGUUUUCUUGUCUCUUAUUAAGGCCUAGUCCAAAAUCCACUGGACACCUUGGGAAGAAUCCCACUAGUUUUGAUGGAGAAUGAAUCAAGCCUGUGACUUUGAAAUAUUAGUGUGUUUCUGUUAGAACUUGGUUUUAUUCUGCAUACACAUCGAAAUUUUAACAUUUUGCAUGCUUACAAUUAUAUUAAUUCAAGCAAUAUUAAUGCAAAGCAAGUGGCAGCAGUUAUUCAUGGGGCUACAGGGAUAUUUUAAUGAACUCUAGUGAAGAAUCUUUUGAUUUUUAAUUUUUUUUUUUUAAGUCUUUAAAGCUGUCAAACUAUUUUGAAACCAACUUCUAAGUGAAUUUAAGGUUUUUAAUUACACUGUUUGAAACAGAAUGUGCUGGAGGGGGAUCAUUACCUCCCCUUCUGUUUUUUAAUCUUUGCAUUUUUGUACUUCUUCGUUUCUCCCCUGCCAUUCCCAGGUGUUGGGCUCUUCUAGAAUCCCAUUCCCCAAAACAAUCCCGGGGGAUUCUGAACCCUGGGGCCUAUGGUUCAUUUUAGUGCUGUACCUGUGGUCGUUCUUCACUGGUACUGUUUGGUGGGUAGGGAAGGAUGCUGUUGGGGUAUCCCCUGCUGCAAAUUGUCAUGCUGUGUUCCUGGCUGAACCAUCAGCCACAAAGUGUUGCGCUCCACAGGACAGUCCAAGGAAUAUUUGGGGAAUUCCCUGGUAGCUCAUGGUUGUGUUGCCAUAAGGGUUAUGUGCCAGUAUAUACUGACUGCAUUCAUUUCAGUGCCUGCCAGUGACAGACACGUCAACUGGGCUGUAGUCCUGAACAAGCCUCCCCAGAGAAAUUAUGAAUUCUGAAGUUACUUUCUCACUGAGCAAGAUUUUAAUGGGUCUCCCAGAAGGCUUCUCAAAGGCAUCUGUCUUUUAUUCCCCAGGUACCUCAACUAUUUUUUUUUCAGGCACCUUUGCUUUAUGAGGGAGGUUGAUUUUAUUUUUUUAGUGAAAACGUUGUCAUUUUAUGGAGUUUGGAGAUGGGGUUAGCUUGGUCAUGUUUUGUUUUUAAGAAGGUUGAUGCAAGAGAAGAUAGAUAGAUUAUUUUUUCUUGUAUACUAAACCCUGUUUUUUUGGUAAAAUAUAUGCUAGGUACAUAAAGAGUGGACUCAUUCUUGCAGCUGAGACAGGGGUUCACAUUGAGAUUUACAAGAUUUACAAGAUUUAACAAGAUUUAACAAGAAUGCCCAUUUGCUCUGAAUAUCCACUCCAAAACUCUGAGCAGUAUCAGAACUGUUGUUCACUCUUCUAAGUGAUGUUUUUAGGCGAGAAAUCAUGAGCACAAGCUCAUCCCGCAGCUUUAAAUUAUAAUUCAAAACUUGCUAAAACAAAGAGGAUGCCUGGGAGUGAUUGUUAUCUGUACUUAAAUAACCUGGAUUACUGUGAAAUAGGUCAGUGCUGGGGCAGCUUUGUACAGAUAGGAAGAUGCUUCAGCUCAGGGGUACCAUUUCUUGUGCUCCUGUAAUGUUUUGCAUUAAUUUUUGGAAGAUCUUGUGGCUGUCAUCAGAUAUUCAUCGAUGAUAGAAGUGAUUUUGCCUUAUUUCCGAUUUAGUGCUAAAUAUAACAGAUGGCUAGAAAUAAAGUAACAUCAGAUCUCCGUGGCAGUUGUGGAAGUCACUGGUAGAGCCGACUUGGAGUAAGCGCUCUGCUUAGACAAUUACAAGGAUGUGUUAAGGUUGGCAGCACUGUUACACUAACGCACACGUGGAGCAAACACUCCUCAUUAUUGCAUAACUUCCAGUGUUCAUGCUUUGUGUUGUUUUUUUUAAUACCAAGCUGAUUGACUUUGCCUUUCUAUGUGUAUAUAUACAUAUAUAUAAACUUUUUUUUACAUAUAGUAUGUAGAACAGUAGCAUUUUGUAAGAUACAUAAAGGGCUAUAUGAGCUAAAUGUGAUAAAUUAAUAUAUAUUUUAAGAUUAUUUCUUUAUUAUUCCAAUACUACUUCUACCACUGAAACCCCAAAAUCUCAAUUGUUCUUGUUUUGUACAGAACCCUAUUCUAAGGUAAAUCCAUAGAACAGGUUUUUAUUUAAUCCUUUCAUCCAGUCUGUAAUUAUAUUCUUUUUCUUUUCAGACAAAAAGUGAGGUUUCAGUAACUAAAAUAAUUUAUUUAAAAUUUUAUCAAUACUUCACCAUUUGCUUUGCUUUUCAGUGCUUGAGAACAUUCAGCUUGGCACUAGAUAUUUUUUCCCCACUAAUAUUCACUACUCCUUAAAAGACUGUGAUAUUAUUCGGAAACUGAAUGAUGAGAAUCCCGUUCUUCAAACACUCUGUUUUGCCUACUAACCGGGAUAGUCGUACUGAAAACAUUAAGCCCUGUGUAAGGUUUUUGCAUACAAGGUCAUAAAUUUGUAACUAAUUAUUGAUUUAUGAAUAUUAGUAAUCUAAGGAAGGCACUAUCUUCUAAUGAUGCAUACUCAACUUGCCCUAGACAUGUGUACUGAUUUUUAUUUUAAGAUUGUGAAGUUAUACCCAUUUGAAGAGUUAGUACAAAUAAACAUUUUUGUCUUGGGAAUCA